ACAUACUCAUUCUAGCAAGAGCAAUUAUGUGCAGUUUAAAUAAUUGUUUUCCUAUAUCAUGUUAUAAAGACAAAAUGUGCAUACACAAACAUGACAGUUGAAUAAUUUUUGUGAACAUAUAAGGCUCAAAUUGAAUCGUGUAUGUUUAAGAUGGAACCAAAUGUCAAAAAUCGUCAGGCAGUACUGCGAGAUUUAGGAAACCAUUUGCAGGUAAAAGCGGAGAAAAUGAGGCUGUUGGCACGUGCUGAAGACGGGCUUGGAGAUGGUGACUACAAUCCUUAUUCAACCCACGAGUUGGAUGCAGAUGCAGUAGUACAAUCUACAUAUAGAAAACAAACAAAACCAGAUAUAGCAGUGCUGCAUGAUGACCCAUCACCCCUUCUGUCAUCUGUCAGGCAGACCCAUGAUAGCCAUCUGUCAUCUGCCAGACAAAAGAGGCGAGUAAAGAAGACGAAGCAAGUCACAGUGGACAUCAAGCAUUACAGGCCAGGCUAUACAUGGAACAGAGGUGGAAGAAUGAAGGAAAUACGUAUAAGACAUUUGGCCAGGAAGUAUGUCAGGUUGUGGAAAAGGAAAGUGUUUGGACGUGUGACACCAUCUCAAGCUAGACAUCACUACCAGCGCCGGCUGCUACGAGGGACGUUCAGGGUGUGGCACCUGAUGUGGUGGGAGUUACGCAGGGAAUGGAGACUGGUGGUCCGCGCAGAGUGCCACUUCAGGUUUGUUCAGUGCCAGAAGGUUUACCGAGCCUGGAAGAUGUUCAUUGUGCAGAGAAGGAUCAGGAAUGCCAAAACAUCAGUUGCUGAACACCAUGCAAGUAAGAAGUUGCUGCAGAAGGCGUUCAGUGGCUGGCAAGAGUAUGUGGAAUCUAGACGGGACAAAUCCCAGGCAAACCGAGCUGCUCUCUCAUUGCAAAACACAAAUGUUCUCAGACGUUGUUGGGCUAGGUGGGUGGAGAGAUAUGAUGUUGCCCUUCACAGACAGCACAUGGGCACUGUGGCCUUGCAGUUCUGGGCUUAUCGGAUACAGGCACAAUACUGGCUAGUCUGGCAGGCUAAGCUGAAUGAGCGUCGUGCUGGAGUGAUGAAGUAUUAUCGAGCUGUGAGACAUCACAACACCACCGUGGUAUCACGAUGUUUCCGUGCAUUGGUACAACAUUGGAAUCAUAGGGCACAGAAAAAACAGAAGAAAUUGUAUGCUGAGAGAUUGUACCUACAAGGACUGGUGGAGAAGUCAUUCAGGGUCUGGUUGUCUGCUCUUGAGUACCGCCAGAUGGUGCAUGAACGACAGGACAGGAUAACCAGUCUUGCGGCCACCUUCCAGAAACGGCGAGCCUUCAGUCACUGGCGACAUUAUAUUAUUCUGCAGAGAGAAACAUAUGAUGCAAUGGCUGUAGCAGAAAACCAUCACAGACUAAAGCUACUGAGGCUGGGGUUUUCUGCAUUCCGGCUGUGUGUCGUACAGAAACACCUCAAGGUCAUGAGGAAUAAAAUGGCCGACCAGUUCAGAUAUAAACAUCUGCUGGAGUGGGGAUGGUUGACCUGGCUGGAGCGGUGCGAAAACAAAGAAGAACUUAAGAUGGUCACCCAGUCUCAUGCUGCUUGGAUAUUUUACAGGCGGCUGUUGUUACGCAAGUGUUUCUACCAGCUGCAGGAUUACACAGAGUGGAGGAAACACAGACAGGCCCAGUAUGCCCGAGCUGACGCCCACUUCUACAUGACCGAGAUGCCAAAAUAUUUGUUCCGAAUUCGGGUGUUUGUCCAGCUCCAGAAGAACGAGCGGGAAAACAUGGAAAAAUGCGAAGAGUUCAGAACGGAGAACCUGCUAGCAAGGUUCUUCUACCUGUGGGUGAAACAGAAUGAACUGAGUCGAGAGGAUCGGGUCAACACUCACAUGGCGAUUCUGCACUGUGAGGGAAAGGUGAAGAGACAGUUCUUCACCGUGUGGAAACACAAGACUACUGACGCCCUGCAGGAGGACAAGAGUAUGGAAUUUGCUGCCGCCCACUAUCAUAAAGAGCUAUGUAGGAAACACUUACUGGCAUGGAAAGGCUACAUUGACUUCCUCAAAAAAAGUCAACAACAGGCGAUAGAGGCAGCCCGGUAUCACAGUCGACAAAUCAUGAAGAAAUGUCUCAUAGCUUGGAAACAGUUUACUCUAGCUCAAAGAGAUAAACACCGCAAGCAGUCAAGGGCAGACAAGCACCAUGCUCGUAAGGUUUGUGGGCGUAUGGUUGGCAUGUGGCUACAUUACGUGGACACGCAGCGUGCCAUCAAUGCUCGGGUCGAGGUCAUGUAUCAAAGGAAGUCUCAACAACUUCUCAGAGAUUCUUUCCACACCUGGCAGGACAAUGUUACGUUACAGAAGUAUGAGCGGGGCACCGAAGGACAGGCUGAAAGACACCACACUCUACAUGUUCUGGCCAAGGUGUUCACAGCCUGGCACCGCUAUUCAGCCAUCCACGCCUACAAGAAGUCUGAAACCAGGCAGUGGGUCGCAUCAGCCCGGGAACAUCUGGAUACAAAAGUCCUUCAACUGUACUUUGAUAGCUGGAGAGAGCACCAUUCUGAACAUGUGGACAUGAGAAUGAAGAUUGGACGAGCUGUCAGUCACCAUGGUAACCAGGUCAAGGUGAAGGUCAUGCAGCAGUGGAUACUCUUCACAAAGGAGUCUGUCCGCAAAAAGUUGCUGCGUAAACAGAGUGACUGGUUCAAUGGUGUUCGGUUGACGACCUGGGCAUUUUCCACCUGGCGCUCAGCACAUUCCAGAGCUGUAGAUGAGGCUUCUAAGAGUGGCCUUGCAUUGUGGCACUGGUCACUCAUGCUCAACAGAAAGGUGCUGAUAGGUUGGUACACCUACAUUCUCGAGCGCCAGGAGAAGAAACAUCGUAUAGCCUGUGCCAUGGAGAGGCGUCGAUCUCGUCUAGUCCGGAACGGCCUGUCACAGUGGCUGCGUGUCGCUGAUGACAUGGCUAACAUGAGAAAGACGUUUGCUGUUCAGCAACAAGCAAAGAGCGCUUAUGAGACCUAUCAAGUUGCUCUUAGAUGUGGUCUGCAUUGGAAAACAUGGGCAUCAAAAAAGUGGCAGUCCAGAGGAAAUAAGAAACCAGGUCAGUCCAGGGAUGUCACUCUUCCAGCUUCCAAACACAAGGAGACCAUUUUCUCAGGAAAGGGAAAUAACCAGUCCACCUCAACAACACCUAGAUUUCCUGCAUCACUUUUCAACACACCGAGGGAUUAUGGCCAGCUGUUGACCUCUGAUGUGAGGGCUGGUGUCCCUGCCCCGGCCUCAAGGGACGAUCCACAGUUAGCUGUCAGAGUGGCAGACCCACCCAAAAUGGCCGUAUCUCCAAGGAGGGUUAAAACUGUUAGCCAAGGCCGUGGUCAGCUUAGGAGCAGACCUCGACAGCCUGACUUUAUGGUGGCCUCUCUCAAGCGGGCAGGACUGUUUGUACAUGACAACAAAAGUCAAAUGCCAACAGACGCGAAUAAUCAGACCUCAUGUGCUGCCAUGGAAACAGACCCUGCUCAGAACGCACCAGAAAUAGAGAAACUAAAUCUCUCUCUGCUUACAUCCCAACACUCUGAGGCUGAAUCUGGCAGACAAUUAUCUGCCCAUUCUGAUAGAGUUACUUCCCUGUCUCAACAAACUUAUGUUCCAGUUACACAAAGGUCUGAUAUUUCAUCUGUGUCAGAGACUUGGAAUAAACUUCAGAGGCCUUUUGAGAACUAUCAAGGAACUAUGUCUCAAGGUUAUGGCAAGGAUGAUUUAUGUGAUGGGGACAGGUUUCUGUCAGAAAAUAUACAAGGUGGACACUUGCCUGCUAAAGGGCAGCAACUGUCUGUGAUAACUGAUAUGAUUGGUCCAUCACAUUUACAAGCUCACAGUAGAUCACAGGAAGGCUGGUCUAGUGUUGUUCCACAAGUGACAAAGGCUGAUAAGCCAACCUUGAUGACUCCAGCUGACUUUUUUGCAAAGCCUACAGCUCAUACAACAAAAGGUGCUCAUAGUGUGGCCAGUAUAGCAACUCCAAGAAGUGUGGUUUCAAACUUUUCCUAUGCACCAAGUGAGUGUCUGUCAACAGUGACUACUCCUAGAAUCCUCUGUGAUAAUACUGAUCAUAAUCAUCCACUCUCAGAGACUAGAUCAUUUAGGGUAAAUGAUUUCCAAGAACAGAUAACUCCAAGAUCUGCUAGUGGAAGUUUUACUCCUAGAGAGCAGAUUGCCUCCCUUGGAUUUGAAGCAUGCUCUGCAGAGAAAGUUUCAACUAAGAGUCUUCAGAAGGAAAUUGUCGUUAUAAGAAAUAGGUUGAAGUCCUUUGAGCAAAAGAAAAAGAAACUCAGGACAAUGCAGAAGCAACUGAAACAGCUUUCUGAUUGGUUAAGAGAAGUGGAAGAGAGGGGUCAGGGGUCAGAGGAUGAUGAUGUCAUCAAUGCUAGACAGGAAGUGACAGAGCUUGGUGUAGAUGUGCGGACCUUGAAACAGACCAUAGACACCGAGAGGCCGGUUUGUGGCAGACUCGUGGAGCAGGUUAAAUCCCUUACUGCUCAACUAAGUGGGUCUUGAUGAACAUUCUAUGGAGAACAAGAGGCCAGCUUGUGACUGACUGGUGGACCAGAUUAAGUCUCUUACAGCCAAGAAGAGUCAGUACCGGGAAUUAUCGGCGUGUUAUAGUCUUUUAUACCAAAGGAAAACAACAAUGGCAGCAUGACACUUGCAGAAAUGUAGUAGCUUAAAUUAAAUGACUUGAGACUCAACUCCUUAAGACUAAGUUAAAUGUGGACUAUUUUUAUUGGUUAAUUCCAUUUUGAACCUCAUUAUGUCCUUCAUGGUAUAUUUUUUGUAUCAUCAAAACCAAAAUACGGGAACUUAUAUGCAUUUAUAAAGUAUUUAAGGAUAUAUAUGUUUUUUGUUUAGUCUUUUACUGUUUUCGAAUGCUUGUGAAUAGUUCAAGAUAUAUAUUCUUGUUUCAUCCUGUAUUUGGGUAAAACUAGCUUUUCUGUCACAAUGGUUUUUCAAAAUACAUCUUAAGUACACCAAAUCAUUUCAGGUUCUUCCCAUAUUUCUACGGUACUAUAAAUACUUAUAUAUGUUAAAAAAAAAAUUUGAAUUGUUGUAUCGUUAUUUUAGUGCUAAGUUGCUAUAUUACCAGUGUACAAAACGAUGCCAUGUUACUUUCAAUAGAACAGAACAGAACUUUAUAUGUAAUAAUUUAUAAAUAACUGUGUGUGCUUAUGGUAACCUAUAAAUAAUUAGUUCUAAUAGAUAUGUUAUGUUUUGUCAUAUAAUGACGUCAUCCAGCAUCACCAGGAACCAUAACUGUUCGGAGUAAUCCUGAUAUCCGGAUAACCAGCAUUCCAUUAUCCUGUUAGGAGUAAUCCUGAAUUCCGGAUAACCAGCUUUCCAUUACCCUGUUAGGAGUAAUCCUGAAUUCCGGAUAACCAGCUUUCCAUUACCCUGUUAGGAGUAAUCCUGAUAUCCGGAUAACCAGCAUUCCAUUACCCUGUUAGGAGUAAUCCUGAUAUCCGGAUAACCAGCUUUCCAUUACCCUGUUAGGAGUAAUCCUGAAAUCCGGAUAACCAGCUUUCCAUUACCCUGUUAGGAGUAAUCCUGAUAUCCGGAUCACCAGCUUUCCAUUACCCUGUUAGGAGUAAUCCUGAUAUCCGGAUAACCAGCUUUCCAUUACCCUGUUAGGAGUAAUCCUGAUAUCCGGAUAACCAGCUUUCCAUUACCCUGUUUGGAGUAAUCCUGAUAUCCGGAUAACCAGCUUUCCAUUACCCUGUUCAGAGUAAUCCUGAUAUCCAGAUAACCAGCAUUCCAUUAUCCUGUUAGGAGUAAUCCUGAAAUCUGGAUAACCAGCUUUCCAUUACCCUGUUAGGAGUAAUCCUGAUAUCCGGAUAACCAGCUUUCCAUUACCCUGUUAGGAGUAAUCCUGAUAUCCGGAUAACCAGCAUUCCAUUACCCUGUUAGGAGUAAUCCUGAAAUCUGGAUAACCAGCUUUCCAUUACCCUGUUAGGAGUAAUCCUGAUAUCCGGAUAACCAGCUUUCCAUUACCCUGUUAGGAGUAAUCCUGAAAUCUGGAUAACCAGCUUUCCAUUACCCUGUUAGGAGUAAUCCUGAAAUCUGGAUAACCAGCUUUCCAUUACCCUGUUAGGAGUAAUCCUGAUAUCCGGAUAACCAGCUUUCCAUUACCCUGUUAGGAGUAAUCCUGAAAUCCGGAUAACCAGCUUUCCAUUACCCUGUUAGGAGUAAUCCUGAUAUCCGGAUAACCAGCUUUCCAUUACCCUGUUAGGAGUAAUCCUGAUAUCCGGAUAACCAGCAUUCCAUUACCCACUAUCAGCGGACAAGUUUGUUUUUUGUCUCGUCCGACAUUUGUACUAACAAUAGAAGAAAGUACAUUAAAAUGGAUAUACAUGACUUUGUAAACCAUUUCAACAGGGUUUUGGCCGCUGUUGACCCGAAUCUCUCAUAUGCACACUAAACUUUCAGGACUGGGGUUUAUGGUCUUAUUAUCAUCCCCGCCUCACUUCUGUUCAUUUUGACACUAACAGUGCAUUAAAAAUAACUCUCAAAUCUGGCUUCUUGUGCUAUUAUAUAAUAUUUAAAAAACAUGACACACAGGAAAUUAUUUCAUUCAGUUCAUCCUAUGUUGGAAAAUAGUUAUUAGCUUGUGUUAUUAUGUUAAUCGUAACCGAACUGAAAUAAAGAUUAUUUUAUCUCAACUUAUCAACUCUGUCUUAUUAAUAAUUGUAUCGUAUGACUGAUUCAAUGUCUCAAAUCUUUUACUUUUGGUUGUAACAAUCUGUUUCUGCAACUGUCUUGUUAUUCAAUUGAUAUUGAUGAUAGUACGAUAUUUUAUUGUAGGCUCUUUCAUAAGAUAGCUUGAUUAGGAGUUUUCAACAAAGCACCAUCAUAUCAUUCUACUCGUAUGAUUGUAAUGGCAUACUUAUUUGUGAGAAAGGUGCUCCCUGCUUCUGUUGACCACAUCUCCCAGGAUUGGAUCUCUCUUAGAAUUGGUUCUCUCCUAGGAUUGGAUCUACCCUAGGAUUGGAUCUCUCCUAGGAUUGGACCUCUCCUAGAAUUUGAUCUCUCCUAGGAUUGCUAGGGUUGGAUCUCUCCUGGGAAUGGAUCUCUCCUAGGAUUGCUAGGAUUGGAUCUCUCCUAGGAUUGCUAGGAUUGGAUCUCUCCUGGGAAUGGAUCUCUCCUAGGAUUGGAUCUCUCCUGGGAUUGGAUCUCUACUGGGAUUGGAUCUCUACUGGGAUUGGAUCUCUACUGGGAUUGGAUCUCUCCUAUGAUUGCUAGGGAUGGAUCUCUCCUAGGAUUGCUAGGAUUGGAUCUCUCCUGGGAAUGGAUCUCUCCUAGGAUUGAUAGGAUUGGAUCUCUCCUGGGAUUGGAUCUCUACUGGGAUUGGAUCUCUACUGGGAUUGGAUCUCUCCUAUGAUUGCUAGGGUUGGAUCUCUCCUGGGAAUGGAUCUCCUAGGAUUGCUAGGGUUGGAUCUCUCCUGGGAAUGGAUCUCUCCUAGGAUUGCUAGGGUUUGAUCUCACUGGGAUUGGAUCUCUACUGGGAUUGGAUCUCUCCUAGGAUUGCUAGGGUUUGAUCUCUCCUAGGAUUGGAUCUCUCCUGGGAAUGGAUCUCUCCUAGAAUUGCUAGGGUUUGAUCUCUCCUGGGAUUGGAUCUCUCCUGGGAAUGGAUCUCUCCUAGGAUUGCUAGGGUUGGAUCUCUCCUAGGAUUGGAUCUCUCCUAGGAUUGCUAGGGUUGGAUCUCUCCUGGGAUUGGAUCUCUCCUAGGAUUGCUAGGGUUGGAUCUCUCCUUGGAUUGGAUCUCUCCUAGGAUUGCUAGGGUUUGAUCUCUCCCGGGAUUGGAUCUCUACUGGGAUUGGAUCUCUCCUAUGAUUGCUAGGGUUGGAUCUCUCCUGGGAUUGGAUCUCUCCUAGGAUUGGAAGACAUGGGCCCUGUUCAGUUUCUUCAUGCACAUACUGGUAGUGUUAAUCAGUUAAGUUUGUUUAGUCAAUUGCUAUGUUAAUUUAUUAUGACUCAUUAUAUAUUAGAACAUUUGACAUA